AAUGUAUUCAUCUAUCUCUACGUUUGUAAUUAUAUCAAGUCAUCAUAAAUUUUAACAAUAGUUGAUUGUUUUUAUUUUAUAAUUAUUUUCUUUGUGUCUCCUAUUGUUUAACAAUUAACGAUUGUUAUUAAUCGAAGAUAUCUCUAUACCUUAGAAAAUUGAAUCAGAGGGUUUUUUGAAAUGGCCACGGUAAGUGUAACCGAGAUUAAUGAAAAUACACCUGGUAUCACGAUUAAAACAGUAACAGAACCAUUUGGACUUACUGAGGGACCACAUUGGGAUGAUGGAUCCCAGAAAUUAUAUUUUGUCGAUAUCGUUAAUCAAAAAUUAUAUAGAUUAGAUCCUUUAUCUGGCUCUGUUACAUCUACAUAUAUAGAAAAUGGUCCAGUUGGAGUAGCUGUACCUGUGGAGGAUGAGCCUAAUAAAUUUGUAGCAGGUUCUGGCACUGACUUUGUUCUUGUUACAUGGGAUUCUGGGGUUAAUUUAACUAAAGCUUCUAGUAAAGUAUUAUCUACCGUUGAUAAAAAUCGUAAAAAUACAAGAUGGAAUGAUGGCAAAGUUGACUCCUCUGGACGAUUCUGGGGUGGUACCAUGGGUCCAGAAAUAAAUGGAGAUGUAGUCCCUGAUCAAGGAACUCUUUAUCGCAUUGAAAAAGAUUUCGUUCCACGUGUUGAAAUAUCUCCUGUUUCUAUAAGCAAUGGAUUAGCAUGGAACAAAGAAGAUGAUACAUUCUACUAUAUUGAUUCACCUACGCGUCAAAUAGCUGCAUACGAUUAUAACCCUCUCUCUGGAAGUAUAUCUAAUAAAAGAAUUGUGUUUGAUUUGGGAAAAAACAAUAUUUCUACUGGUGUUCCCGAUGGCAUGACUAUAGAUACUGAUGGCAAUCUUUGGAUAGCUGUUUUUAAUGGAUCUGUUGUACUUAACGUGAAUCCAAAGACUGGAAAAUUAAUACGUUACAUCAGACUUCCAGCAGAAAGAGUAACCAGUGUAGCAUUCGGAGGACCAAACUUACAAACUUUAUACAUAACCACAUCAAGUUAUGGACUAUCUGAUGCAGAAAAGAAAAAGCAGCCUAAGGCUGGUUGUGUAUUUGAAGUAAAAGGUUUAGGAGUUAAUGGAUUAUUGGCCAAUUCAUUCAAAUUGUAAAUGCAUUAAUAUACAUGUCAAUUUAAAAGAAAAUUGUUUAUGAAAUAAUACUGCAAAUAUAUGAAAAUAAAUGUAUCCAAUAGUAUAAAUAUCUUACUAUUUCUUGAGUUAUACGAGAUAUUAGAGUAACUUUUAAUCAACAUACUGUAUAUCUUUGAGCAUAUAUUUAAGAAAGUCUUAUGUAAUCUCAGAAAUAUAAUCAAUUUUAUCAUAUA